CGCUAUAAGCUAUCUUACGAGAAAGCGCCAUCCAAGUGAAAUUGCUUAUUUUAAAAUUCUUUAGCUUCAUCAAUAAGUCUAGAGAUCCUCAAAGAAGAGUCCUCUAUUUUUGAAAACAUUAGUCGCAGAAAGUGUAAAUAAACGGUGCAAAAAGGUUAAUUGAAAAUAAUACACUGCAAAAUAAAAUGAAAUAAUAUGGGUCUACCUAAACUCAAUUUCCAGUUUCAAGCCGGAUAUGAACAGAAUGCUUGGUCUAGCUUCCACGAACGAUAUCGUAAUCGUAUCCUGAAAAAGUUGUCAAGUGUCAACUGGAUUUUGGAUUCAAUUAUGCGAGAAGAAAAUUAAAUGAAGCGUUAUAUCACUUAGGCGCUUGUCAGUACUUUGCAGGAACCAUAUUAAACCUGCAAAUUUUGAUUUUCUUGAGAUUGAUCUCGAGAUCGAAUAUUAUGGAAAACAAAAGUAGCAACAACUUUAUUAGUUACGUAGGAUUAGAGGAGCACGAGUUACAGACCUUUAGUUCCAGCCGACGUAAUUCAUUAGUUGAAAAUAGCAUAAAAUUAUUGCCAGGAGAAGUUCUUAUUGCCGAGGCGCAAAGUGUUCUUAUGUUUUUACCCGUUAGUGAUCUAAAACAAGGCAUAUCUGGUAUUUUGUCAGUUACCAAUUUUAAACUUACCUUUGUUACCAGUGGUGAUUCAAAUGGAGAGAAUGUUACUCGUCAACAGAAUCAUUUGUAUGGAUAUACGGAUACGUGUUUGACAAAUAUCGAUGAAAUUUAUAUUAUGAUAGGAGAUAAAAAAAGGAAGUUAGUUCCUGGUAAUACGGUACCAUCGAAAGUAAAAGGGAUAUUUAUUAUUUGCAAAAAUCUAAGAACAUGGUCGUUUUCUUUCAAAUUUUCACCUAUUGGACAUGGUAAGAAUCUUCUGACUGCACUACUACAUCAUGCUUUUCCUAGUAGGCACCAACUGUUAUUUGCCUACGAUUACAAAGAGGCUUACUACAGUAGUCUUGACAAAAAUGUACAACUAUUUCGGGAUAUUUCAGACUGGCAAAAUGAAUUGAAAAGAAUGUUGUGUAGCGACGAGACGAAAAAGGGUUGGAGAUUAUCUAUGGUUAAUGCCAAAUUUCAACUUUGUCCCAGUUUAUCGCAAUAUGUAGUGGUACCUGCGUCUGUGACGGAUAGUCAGUUGACAGAUGCAGCUAGACAUUUUCAAGGUAAUAGACCACCAGUAUGGUCCUGGACGAGUUCCCAUGGUGCAGCAUUAGUAAAAAUGUCUGAAUUAUUACCAACAAUUACAGAGAGGAUGCAGGAGAAUAUUAUGUUUGAAAAUGUUCGUAAAAGCCAUCCUCAAAAGAUACCACCGGUUGUUAUCGAAUUAAAUAAAGAAAUUAAUGUAAAGUUAAUAGCAGCGAGUUUCACUAAAUUUAUUAACUUGUGUACACCAGAAAACAUCAGACAAUUCUGGAUUCAAGAUAAUAAUUUUUAUUCAUUAUUAGAAAACACAAAAUGGCUUAAAUACAUAUCGUAUUGCUUACAAAAAACAGUUGAAGUUUGCGAUCGUCUUAAUUUAGGAAUUUCCGUCAUCUUACAAGAAGGUGCUGCUAGAGACUUGUGCUGCGUUAUAUCGAGUUUAGCGCAACUGUUACUGGAUCAUCACUUUCGUACUAUAAUAGGCUUUCAAUCGUUAUUACAAAAGGAAUGGGUCGCUGGUGGCCAUCCGUUUUGUGAUAGAUUAGGCCACAUCGUGAAAACUAAUUCAGAAAAGUCUCCAUUGUUUCUUUUAUACCUCGACUGUGUGUGGCAAUUGUGUCAACAAUAUCCAACAGAAUUUGAAUUUACGGAAACGUAUUUGACCACACUAUGGGACGCGGCACAUGUUUCCAUUUUUGAUACUUUUAUCUUUAACUGUGAAAGAGAUCGGGCAGUGGCAGCUAUGGAUCCCAACACACCUCUUGUACUUCGUAGCGUUUGGGACUGGCGAGAACAAUUCAACGAUCAAGAUAUCUUGUUGUUUUAUAAUCCUUUAUUUAUUCCCUGUAGUUUCACCAACAAGAUAAAAACGGAAAACGAAACAAUUAUAAAGCCUUUGUAUGCGGUUUCUAGUCUCGAGCUUUGGACACAAUGCUAUUUUCGUUGGAUACCAACACUUGAAAUUCGUAACGGCGGACAAAGACAUAUCGAACUUUACAUUAGGUUACUUCAAAACGACAUUAAUCAACAUGGAAUAAACAAAAGCUGCAUUUCACCGAUAGAUAAGGUCGGUAUCUGUUCUCUUCAUACAAAUAUCGAUAGCUUUUAUCCCUUUAGUAACAAUAGAUCAGGGAAUACUGUAAGUGCGCCGAUUAUGAAUAGUUCAAUCCUUCUAAGUGAGAGUUUAUUAGACGCGCAAUCAGUAAUAACUGCGAUUGAUUGACAGUAUCUCAACACGCUGUUUUUACGGCAUUCAAAAUGCGUACCUGAUUACAUUCCCUUUCCUUCUAGCAUAAAACAAGAUAUUUGUUUCGAAAGAUCUUUCUAAAAGAUAUAACUUGUCAAAGCAUUUGUAAAAGAAAGGGCAUUUUCCAGGAACAUUAAUUCGCUACGUUUAUAUCGUGUAUUUAGGUCUUCAUAAUAGGUGUCCUUGUUUAUCUUGUAAAUUAAACAAAAAUCUAUCACAUAAGUCGUAGAUUAAGUGCACGAUGUAAACGUAACUAUUAUAGGUAUAUUUGACUCAUCAGGUCGUGUUUUUCAGCCAACUCAAUGUAAAUUUGUAUUGAAGAAUAAGAGCUUUAUAAAAUAUAUGUGAGAAAUUAGUUACAUUAAUUAUCAAUUAGUUGCAUUAUUGAGAGCAGCUCGAGUUCUUUUCUAUGUAAAGCCGGUUCUACAUUAGUUGCAAGCCGAUCGCAAGUUUGUUGCGACAGCCAAACUGAAGCUUGCAUUUUGAAAUCAACGCUUCAUAUUGAUUGGCGGAACUUGCAAUCGGUUUAAAGCGAUAGGGAUAUUUAUAUCUUGAUGAAUUUUAUAAACGCUAUUGGCGAACAUUAGCAAAAUGGAUUAAUUUCACACACACACACACACACACGCGCGCGCGCGCGCACGAUCUCACAAAUACUAACUAUAAAGCCGGUUCUACAUUAGUUGCAAUCUGAAGCUUGCAUUUUGAAAUCAACACUUCAUAUUGGC